AUGGACGACGGCGGCGGCGGGGGCGGGCGCGGAUGCCGCCGGCCUCGUGCCGUCUUCAUGGCCUUCGGCACCCGCGGUGACGUCUUCCCCAUCGCUGCACUUGCUGCAGGUUUUGCGCAGGACCAACGACAGUAUGAUGUGGUGUUCAUCACUCACUCAGCGCACCAGAGCUUGUCAACACAUCUAGCUGACUGUAGUAUUCGAUAUAUGCCCGUGUCAAGCCCACCUGUACUUGCUGCAGAACAGCUCGAGAACAUUUCAGGUGAUUCUGUUCAAUCAAAUGUUGAGCAUGACUCCUGUUCGCAGAGGGAAAAGAUGAUUCAGAAGGAGCACAGGAAAGAGUGUUUAUCAGCAGUCGAAGAUGUUUUUGGAAAUGACAUGAGCAUUCAUGGUGAUUUCAUUGUGAUCAACUUCUUUGCCCUGGAAGGUUGGCAUCUAGCAGAACUGUUUCAAGUUAAGUGCAUCAUUGCUGCUCCUUAUUUUGUUCCAUACAGUGCACCUGCAUCAUUUGAACGCCAAUUUAAACAAAGUCUUCCUCUUCUAUACAAGUACUUUCAAGAAGCUCCUCCAAACAUGGUCUGCUGGACAGACAUUACCCACUGGAUGUGGGCACUGUUCAUGGAAAGUUGGGGAUCAUGGAGAAAUGAUAGUCUAAAUCUUAGCCCUAUUCCUUUCACAGAUCCAGUAACAAAUCUUCCUCUCUGGUAUAUGCGAGAAGAGUCUCCAUUGUUGCUGUAUGCUUUUAGCAGGGAAAUUGUUGAGUGCCCAGGAUAUUGGCCAUGCAGUGCUCAUGUUUGUGGCUUUUGGUUUCUUCCCAUGGCCUGGCAAUUUUCUUGUCAUAAAUGCAAGGAGUUACUGUGUGGAAAUGCCAAUAAUUCCUAUGGUGGAACUCUAUGUAUAAAUCACGCUAGCCUAGAGCACUUUACCGUGGGAAAUUCUAAUUCAUCCUUACCUAUAUUUAUAGGGUUGAAUUCCAUCGGUAGCAUGGGUUUCCUUAAAAAUCCAAAAGCAUUUCUUAUGGUGCUUAAAACUGUCAUAGAUAAAACAGAUCACAGAUUUAUCCUUUUCUCAUCUGGAUACCAGCCAUUAGAUUCUGCAAUACAAUCUGUUGCUUCUUCAGUAGUAGAAUCAAGUGAGUGCCAGGCAUCUGCUCUUCAUUGUGAUAGUACUAUCCUAUUUAGCAGUCGACUCUUUUGCUUUUCUGGAUCAAUACCAUACAGUUGGCUCUUCCCUAAGUGUGCAGUUGCUAUUCACCAUGCUGGCAGUGGUUCUACAGCUGCAGCACUUUUUGCUGGCGUCCCUCAGAUUGCAUGUCCUUUCCUGCUGGACCAGUUUUACUGGGCAGAAAGGCUACAUUGGUUAGGAGUGGCACCUGAGCCUCUACGAAGACAACAUCUAAUUCCAGAUACAGACAAUGCCUCAAGCAUUGAAAAUGCUGCAGAUGUGUUAAUUGGAGCUAUCAAAACAGCAUUAGCACCUGAAAUUAAAGCUCAAGCAACCAGGAUAGCUGAUAAACUUUCUUCUGAGGAUGGGAUUGGAGAAGCACUCAGGAUCUUGAAAGAGAGAGUUUUGCCUAGAAGUAAAAGUUAAGCAAUAUGUAUAAACUAGGGGUUUGCUGAACACCAAAUGCAUGUCAAAUUACGGAUAUGCUUUAAAUUGGUAUCAUCGCCCCCAUUGAUUUGUGCAUUGUAUGAACCGCUACAUGCAAUUCUUGGUCAGAGCAUUGGUAAACAACCUCUAUACUACUAUGUACAUAUGACAUAUGGAGGUCAUGAAUGAAAAACCAGAACCGUGAUGAUAUGAAUACUGGCAACAAAGCAGGUUUCCCCAGUGAAAAAGAAAAAGCCCAACCUGAACACUGUAAACAGCUCCUGUCUUCUUUAAGAGAAGGGUUAGUACACAGUAGAGGAGGCUUGGCUUUAGCAUGUAACCACUCCGUCCUAAAAUGUAAUUAUUUUUAAAAUAA